UCUCUGUUAAGUAUUUAAGCAGGAUAGCAAUUGGGUCUGCACUGUGUGGAGUAUGAACCGGAUAUUUCUUCCACAAAUAGCAAAUUGGCAGAAAUUGUUCAAUGGACACACUCUCCAGCAUUUCUUGUUUCUCCAAAAACCCAUUCCACAGGUGUUCUCCAAAACCACUUUUAAGAAGAAUCUCACCAAAACUCGCUUUCUGUAGAGCAUCUGCUAAUCCAGUGAGGGAAGUUGCAGAAGAUGAGGUCUUGAGAAUGUUCCUUAGAGAUAGAGUAGUAAAUGGAGACUUGAUUUCUAAAGCUUCUGAUAUGUUUUGGUUGAGAGAGGUCAUUGACUUGGUUGAUCUUGAUGCUGCUCAACUUCCUCAUAAUCCUCAACAACAACAACAGGAGGAGGUUAUGGAAGAUCAAGAGGUUGGGGGGUUUCUCAAACUCACGACAACCAAUGAGUGGAUAUCUGGUGCUGACUCCGCACCAAUCAAUAAGAAAGCUAUUGCUAAGGCUAUACAAGAUGAUAGAGACAGAAGAAAGAAACUCAACUUUCUCGAAUAUGAAGCUCUUAAAAGGGAACUGAUGCUUUUAUCAGUUGGCAUUGGAGUUGCGUGCAGUGGGUAUUGUUUGAUUGCUUUGUCAGUCCAGGCCGCUGUUAGUUAUGCAGUUGGAGUGGUUUUCAGUUGCUUGUACCUUCAACUCUUGUGCAGCUAUGCAGACAACCUAUCUAAAGAAAUGAUUCCUCCGAUUUUCAUGAAAAAGAAGUCCAAGAAGAUUGGGAUAAGAAGUGAGGAUCUGAGUGACUCAUUAGAGAGAUCAAUCAGAGGGAGUGGCGUUUCUCUUUCAUCUCCGAGGCUUGUGAUACCAGCGGCAAUCUAUGGAUUGUGGGUCCUGUCCCAUCACUACAUUUCCAGUGAUAUUUUUGAUUUCCAGAUUGUCCCAGCUAUGUUUGGAAUGUUUGUAUACAAAGCUGCAGCUCUUGUUCAAGUAUAUAGGGAUAAUGAAGAUCUGCAAAUCAUUUUCCCAGAAGGUUUAUAACAAUAGAGAUAUCCAUUUAAAUGCUCAGCUGAGGUGUUGAAACAAACUCUGGGUUCAUCAUUAAUCAUUUUGCAGAAGGAUUUACAUACAUUCUCGCAGUUUUCCACCUUUAUGCUGAAAUCAAGUAGAUGGCAGAGUCAUUUGGUAGUAUCAUCAGGUGGAAAUCCGGCCUGGAGACUACCUUCGAUGAGGCAUGGUCUCAUAGUGUUUAGGUGGCAGUGUAACUCGGUGGUUUUGGCCGUAAUAUAUUCAAUUGAAUUGUGUGAUGCUGCCACAGUUUUCUUGUAUAGAACAUCAUCUGGUUGUUGGUUGUGUGAUGUAAUGAUCAUAGCAUCAAAUCUUUAUUAUCUGAGAUUCAUGGUUGAAGA